AUGAGGCUUUUAGUCUUCGAUUAUAAGACAACUUAUCUACCUGGGAAAGAAAACUUCACGGCAGAUUGUUUAUCUCGAAGUCCUGGAAACAUCAAAGAAGACUUCGUCAAAGACAGAAUCUAUGAACUGACUGUAGACGAUGCACUAUUCAUCAGGAGCAUUGUAGAAACUUUCCCGUGUUCAGAUAAACGGCUAGAAGAAAUUAAACAAGCUCAAGGUAAUGAUCCCGAGAGUCGAGAAAUCUUGUCGUCAAUUUUGGAGAAUAAUUGGCGUAAGAACUCAAUAUUUUGGAAAUUUAGAGAUGAACUUGUUUUGGAAGAUGGUUUGAUAGUAAAAGGAAGACGAAUGUUCAUACCUAGAAGCUUACGGAAAGAAAUUUUAAGCAAAAUUCACGAAGGCCAUUUAGGUAUAGUGAAAUGUCGUUCAAGAGCAAAAGAAUCCGUCUGGUGGCCGGGCUGUUCGAGAGAUGUCAAGUCUGAAGUAGAAAACUGUCUUGUGUGUCUUGAACACCGUCAAGUGAACAAAGAGCCUUUGAUGCCCACAGAACUACCAAAAGGUCCUUGGGUUUAUCUUUCCGCAGAUCUAUUUAUUUGUAAUAGAAAGUGGUUCUUGGUGGUUCAAGACUAUUAUUCAAGAUUUAUUGAAUUAGUUGAACUCAGUGUUCUGUCCUCCAAUUUGGUUGUAGGAAAGUUAAAGAACAUUUUUGCAAGACAUGGAAAUCCAUACAAGAUUCGGACUGAUGGCGGAACUCAAUUCACAUCACAAGAGUUCAAGGAUUUUGCAAAAGAGUAUGGGUUUGAAGCAACUACAACCAGUCCGUACUUUCCUCAGGCAAACGGUGGUGCUGAAAACGCAGUGUCAAUAGCUAAAAGAAUAUUGUUGAAAAAUAAAGAUCAAAAUCUAGGGUUAUUAGUUUCCGCACAACGAAGUUAG